UAGCCAAUGAAACCUCAAAGCCACAAACUCACACCUCCCUUCCUACUACCAUUCUUCGCCUCAUGAUCCCGACCAAAACAUCGUUAAAAAUCCCUAACAUUCUUCACAAUUUAUGUUUGGUGAAUUGAUUUUUUAGAUCCGGGGGCGAUCGAAAAAUGGGUUCUUGACGAGGAAAAAACCACUAACUUCCGUUUUUUUCUUUAGCAAAUAAAAUUCUGUACAUGGCUCCGGGCACCGGCGCGACGGAGUGUUUAGAAAAAUUGGAACGUGGGUUUUGCAAAGAAAACGAAAAAGAUUCCACCUUUGACAAGAAUGCUCACGAGGAGGAUCCCCAUGAUAGUUCCACCCAGGCGAAAGCCGCACGCCCUCCGUUGAUGCGGCAUUGCACCAGCCACGUCGCUUUGGUCGAUCCCUUUUCCUUGUUAUGUAGUCCCGAAGGCAGUGCAAAAUCGAGCAAGGACUCUGGAUUUCAGCCUAGUUUUCGCUCUGGAAGCUGCUCCGAGAUAGGUCCUAAGCAGUAUAUGGAGGAUGAGUUCAUUUGUGUAGACGAUCUUCCCCAACAUCUUGGUACAAAUAAUGGUUUUCCAUCCCCUGGAGCAUUUUAUGGGGUUUUUGAUGGUCAUGGUGGAAAAGACGCCGCGUCUUUCACUAGAAUGAACAUCCUCGACUUUAUCACCCAGGAUUCUCAUUUUCCAGAUGGCGUAAAAAGAGCGCUGAAGAAUGCUUUCGUGAAAGCUGAUCAUGCUCUAGCGGAUGCCAAGAAUCUUGAUCAGUCUUCUGGCACCACUGCUCUGGUUGCUCUUAUGUUGGGAAGGACUAUGAUAAUAGCCAAUGCUGGCGAUUCUCGAGCUGUUCUUGGCAAAAGAGGACGAGCCAUAGAAUUGUCGAAAGACCACAAGCCCAACUGCACAUCUGAGAGGCUUAGAAUAGAAAAGUUGGGUGGUGUCAUCUACGAUGGCUAUCUCAACGGACAGCUCUCAGUCGCACGUGCACUUGGCGACUGGCACAUGAAAGGCGCAAAAGGCUCACCAUACCCCCUGAGCUCGGAGCCUGAGCUGGAGGAGCUGGUCUUGACAGAGGAGGACGAGUUCUUGAUCAUCGGGUGUGACGGCCUAUGGGAUGUCAUGAGCAGCCAAUACGCGGUGACCAUAGUGAGGAAGGAGCUGAUGGCCCACAACGACCCGGAGAGGUGCUCGAUGGAGCUCGUAAGGGAGGCCCUCAAGCGCAACACGUGUGACAACCUAACGGUGGUCGUGAUCUGCUUCUCACCGGACCCUCCCUCUCCUAUUGAGAUCCCGAGAUCGCAUAGGAGGAGGAGCAUUUCGGCGGAAGGGUUGGAUAUCUUGAAGGGCGUGUUGAGCCAGGCGUGAGAGGUGGGAUGCUGCAUUCGAGCCCUGGAGAGGAUCUUGCAAGACCCGAUGCCUUGUUGUUGGCCGUUGGACCGUGUCGGGACGGGGAUCUGACGAGAUGGAAUGAAUGUCCAGUUGCAACCACAUUGGCAAAAAUUUUGAGGUAGAGAGGUUUGUGAAACAUUUUGUUUGUAUGCUCACAUUCUUAGAUCUUGGUUUUUAGCCUUUGGCAGUUAUAAUUGUCAUGUGUUAGUUACUCCUAUAGUGUGAUCAGAAUUUUUUCUUUUUUACAAUUUUAUGUACCAUUUUUAUUCACUUUAUUUGACAGUGAUAUUAACCCUGAA